UUAUUGCUUUAAAAUCAUUAAUUAAUAUUUCUCCAAAUAUCACGAGGUGUUUGGCCGGUAAAUCAGCCUCUCAAUAAAUAAAUAAUAAAUUAAUAUAAUAACAUGAUUAAACGAUCAAACCUGAAUUAGUGUGUGUGUGUAAAAAAUGGGAAUGGAUGAAAAUGGUGGAUCAUUUGUAGCAGUUAGACGAAUCAAUCCAGCAGGUCUUGAUCGUAACAACACUACUACUUGUCACACUUCUUCUUCUUCUUCAGACGACGUUGUUGCGGGCUCAACAGCAUGGCUUGGCAGAAGCCUUUCGUGUGUUUGUGUUCAGAGACGAGAAGGUGACUCUCGCCCCUCGUUUGAUUUGACACCUGCCCAGGAGGAUUGCCUAAUGAGGCUGCAAAACCGUUUAGACAUUGCAUAUGAUGGCUCAAUUCCAGAACAUCAGGAAGCAUUAAAGGCAUUAUGGAAAGCUGCCUUUCCUGAAGUGGAACUCCGUGAUCUAAUAUCAGAGCAGUGGAAGGAUAUGGGAUGGCAAGGAAAGGAUCCUUCCACAGAUUUUCGGGGUGGUGGAUUUGUAUCACUGGAGAACUUGCUGUAUUUAGCCAGGAAUUUCCCGAAAUCAUUUCAAGAUCUUCUUCGCAAGCAGGAAGGUGAGAGGGCCAUGUGGGAAUACCCUUUCGCUGUAGCUGGGGUGAACAUCACGUUUAUGCUUAUUCAGAUGCUUGAUCUUGAAGCAGUAAAACCACGGACUUUUGUUGGAGCAACCUUUCUGAAAUUUCUUUCAGAAAAUGAAUCAGCAUUUGACCUUCUAUAUUGCAUCACGUUCAAGUUAAUGGAUCAUCAAUGGCUUGCCAUGCACGCUUCUUACAUGGAUUUCAAUGCUGUGAUGAAAUCAACGCGUCGUCAGCUGGAAAGAGAACUUUUACAUGAUGACGUGACCCGGCUAGAGGAACUACCUUCCUAUGGUCUUCUAAGUUGAUAGCAUAUAGUUUUAUUUGAUUGAAGAAUUUUCACAAAAAUGAUAUGUUGAGUGACUGAUCUAUAGCGAAUUACCAUCCCAAUUAGACAAUGAACCAAUAGUCCUUUGUUUUUUGAUAAAUAGAUGAGCUUUCGGCUUUUUUUUUCUUAGUCCCUAGAGAAAUUGGAAGUUAAAUAUAUUGAGUGUGUAGUUUCUUCUAUGAGGUUAAACUGAUGUAUUUUGCCUGAG